AUGAAUAAUAAUCUGCUUUCAAGACUUGAAUAAAACAAGUCCGCUCAAGAAUCCAAACUAAAUACCUUAAGAAAAUAUUACGAGCUUUCUUCAGAAUAAAGAAAAGAUCUCGAAUAUUUUACUCUUAUCAAAUAGUUCAUUAAUAAAUAAGAGGAAUAUCAUGAUACUGACUCUUCCAAUGGGUUUAGCAUAUCUGAGACUUCAAAUACUGUGUACAUCGAAGGGAGUGAAUAACAAUAGAUAUGCAUAAAAAUGUUUGAUAUUAUAAAAUAAAUGAAGAGAGCAGUAAAAUAGUCUUAAAAAUUAUGUUCAACCAAGAUCAAAAAAUUAAAUAAGAUUAUCGAAAAAAGGCAUAAAGAGAUUAAUAAGUUCAAAAUUAGCCUUGGUCUGUUAUGA